AAAGAAAAGAACAGACGUUUUAGCGAAGUCAGCAAAAAAAAUGGCCUCAACUGGUGAUCAACUCUCACAAGAAGUGACCUGCCGGCAAUGCCACAAGCUCUACAUUGACCCCAAGCUUCUUCCAUGUCUGCAUGUAUUCUGUAGGACCUGUCUAACUACUAGAGAUGGUCCCAGAGACAAGGAGGGUCUCAAGUUUCAAGUGGACUGUCCCCUCUGCUCUGAAGUCACUGAGCUUCCGAAAAAUGGCCUGGACAGUCUUCCCAAUGCCCACUUCAAGCAGCGGAUGGCUCGACUCCACUCGAUAGCAUCAACCACUGACGGCAAAGGGCGUGUGGAAUGUGACCAAUGCCACAAGAUCGAUUCCCGAGCCACGUCCUGCUGCUCCACAUGUGGACUGAUAUGCUCGGCCUGUCUUGAAAGUCAUCGUGUCAUGAAAAAUCUCUCGAAUCACAAAACUUCUCCAUUACAGGGAGCAAAGAAGGAUUAUCUAAUCGAAUCACUGAAAUCGGCGGAUGACGUUAUUUCAAUGAAGUGCGAGAAACAUAGCGAAGAACAGUUGAAAAUGUAUUGUAAAACGUGCAGGAAAUUGAUUUGCUCCAGGUGUAUGAUUGACGGUCACAAGCAGCCUAAUCAUGAUGUCGAUGAAGUCUCGAAAUCUGCUCUGGUAAAGAGGGAGGAGUUACAAAGGAGCGUGGACUUGGCCAAAAAGACUCAGCUCGUGCUUUCCGAUAGAGUCAAUUUGUCACAACUUUCUCAUGAAUCACUGUCACAGCAGCGAGAGGAUUUAAAGAAAACAGUCUUUACCAACUUUCAGCUACUCCAGGAGCAACUUCACACUCUGAAAACAAAAUUCCUAAGUGAAAUCGAUACCACUUAUGACAACCAGCUGGCAAAAACAUCAAAAGAAAUCGAAUCAUCUACUGUAGAAGCCGAGGAAGCUGGCCACCUUGUGAAGAUGGGGGAGCAGGCUCUUGUACACACAAGCGACCUUGAGCUAUUGGCACUCAAACGAUACAUGAACACUCGUCUCAAAGAGAUGUCUUCAAAGAGGCCAUCAACAGCUGAAGCCUGUGUUUCGGUUGACCUCCCUACAGCUUUGUCGGCUGAUUUGAUGCAACUUGUCCUGGCUCACAUACAGCAUAACAUGUCUCCAAGCUUUGAGGCAUCACAUGCGUCUGGUGCUGGGAUCAAAAAAGCCAAGGUUGGUGAACAAGCUACCUUUGUCAUCCACUCUUUAACCGAUGCGGGAGAACCAUGCAUCGAGAAACAAUCUGUUCAAGUUGAGAUAACUGUUGCUCGCAUACAAGAGAAAGUUCCAGUCAAGAUGUCUCACGGUAAAAAGAUAGGUACAUAUGAAGUCGAAUACUGUCCAAAAUCGAAAGGAGAGCACAAGAUAUCGAUUCGGAUUGAGGGCAAUGAAAUCAGUCGAUCUCCGUAUUCUGUGGCUGCUAGAGGACCGAUUGGACCAUGGCAGCUGACACUGAAAAUUGAUCAGCAGGAGUGGCCUUGGGGUGUGGCUUGUGAUACGAAUCGAGAAAUUUAUGUUACGAGGAAUUACCAUCACAUGAUUGCCGUGUUUAACCAGGAGGGCAAAUACUUGCGCAAAAUUGGGCUGAAAGGUCAAAACCUGGGUGGUCUCUGGCACCCAACUGGUAUUGCUGUUGACAACGAUGGAAACAUUUACGUUGCCGAUGGAAAGGAAAAUGGUCGUCUACAGAAGUUCACAAAGAAUGGACAACCCAUUGCUGUGUAUUCAAAGUUGCGAAAUCCUCAGGGUGUGCUUUUGAACAAGAAACAAGACAGCGUUUACGUGUGUGAUAGGGGUCACCAGGCCGUUGUUUUGUUGGACACUAAUCUGGAUGAGAUACGAGUUUUCGGAGAGCUAGACCACUAUUCGCAGUUAGACGGUUUUGAGAACGUGUCAGGCCACCUUAUUGCCCCUCAUUCGAUUACUGAAUCCGAAAAUGGCUCCAUUUUUGUAUCUGACUUGCACAACAUUCACAUUUUCAAUAGCAAAGGGGACCAUCUGAGAAAAAUUGAGAAUCGAGGCCGCAGUGGAUUUUCUCCAGGCGGAAUAGCUAUUGACGGUGACCUUCUCUAUGUGUGCGAUAUGAACAAAAACUGUUUGCUGGUUUUCACAACAGAUGGUGAUUUUGUCGAUACAAAGGGACGUUCUGGAAAGCUCCCUGGGCAGUUUAACACUCCAACCAGCCUGACUGUGGACAAUGAUGGCUAUCUCUAUGUGACUGACUUUUCAAACCAUAGAGUGCAGAUAUUUUAGUAUUAAUGCUUAGCAUAUUAUUUUCAUUGAGGUUUUGUGUGCAAGGUGUGACUGUAAUAAUUUAAUAGAGUGAGUUCAUACCAGACAAUUAAUUUUACAUCGA